AUGACAUAAAAAAAUAAUAGAAAAUAAUUAAAGUUCAAAAAUAAUUUUUAUAUUUAAUCUUUUUGUUAGCAAAAAAAAAAGCAUAAUAUUUAAUAAUUUUUGAUCAUAAACUAAGAAAUUUCUACUUAUUUUGAGUUAAUGAUGAUACAAAAAUCAACUUCAAAAGAGAUGAUAACUUUAUUUUAAAAUGGUAUCAUUGGUGAGUAUUAAGAUAAUGAAAUUUAAACAUUACAACAAAUAUUAAAAAAUUUAUAGAAGCAGAAAUCUCUUCCAACUUUAUUGAUAUAUAAAUGCAAAGGCAGAGAAACUAUACAUUAAGAAUAUAAAAGAUUCAUUUCAGAAAUAAAUCUAAAUGAAGAACUAAUUGACUUAAAAAUGAAAUUUUAGUAUAACAUAUAAGUUGGAAAUAUUCUCAAAGACCUUUCUUAGGCAAUAAGUUAGUUUUAUAAUUUGUAAGAUUUGUAUAUUUCUAUUAACUACUUAGACUGCUUAAAUUAAGACUUCAACUGGCUAACUUAUCAUUUUAAAAAUUUGGUAAAUUUAAGAAGACUGUCACUAAAUUUAUAAAAGAAUGAUAUAAAUGAUUUCGAUUUAGUGCUACUAUUUUAAAACAUUUACGAUUGUCCAAAUCUGAAAAUAUUAAAAAUUAAAUUAGAAUAUAAUAAAUUAAAAGAACACUUUUAAGAGCUCAAUAUUAACCCAAAUCUUUAAUAGAUAUAGCUAUUUAUGAGCUAAAAUAAAAUAAAUAGUAAAGGAUUAUCUAACUUAUUAGAACAGCUAUCAAUAAUAGGAAACUCUCUUCAAAAAAUAUUUAUAGAUCUCACAUAAAAUAUAAUAAAUUUUAACAGUAAAAUUUCCCUUUAGCUUUAUCAUAUUUUUUUAAACUUGAGAUUAUCUGAUUUCUGCAUUCUAACUUCAGCUUCUAAUCCUAUAUUAGACAUCAUAAAUUUGAUCUUUGCUUGCUUUUAGUAUGAAUUAAUGAAAAUAAAUGUUAUAUAAUAAAUAAUGUCUCCUUCAGUACUUUUUAAUCCAAAAUGGAUAUAUUAAGAUUUAUAUAUUUGA